AUGUCCUCACCAUCCUCCUCAAGCUCUCUUUUUCAUGGCUCACCAGAAAGAUUGUUACCAGAAAAGCAUGAUCACAUGGCUGUGGAUGACCCACCAACAUCAACCUCUCCAAAGGCUCCCUUUGUUCAGGCUAUCAUCUCUGACAGAGUUCCCAGACUUCCUGUUCAAAAAAAGCAUCCUUCCACAAUGUUUUUAUCAUCAUCAAGGUUAAAUGAACUACCAAGCCAUCACUCUCCUUCCACUCACAUGGCCUCUGGGCUCUCAACAAAACAAAUUCUUAGCCAGGGUGCUUUGGUGCCCACCCUCAUAAAAAAUAUAGUCUCAAGCAGCCCACAAAAGUGCUCAUGGGCUGGUCCACUUGAACUGAGGCAUCAUACUGGGGCUACCCAAUCUCGAACAAUGCAAUUCAUCUGCAAUAUUGGUCUUUUCAAAAAAACUACACCCAAAUUCAAGAGGCUAGAAAUGGCAAACAUUCUAUCAGAACUGAAGAAGGUUCAGUUGAUGAGCUUUCAUGAUGUAGAAGAUUUCUACAUUAUCUCUCAAAGCUGCAAACCUCCUUGCCAGUUUGGCCAGUUUGGCCCUCGUACUCCAAGAGAUGCAGCCUUGUUCUCUCUGGUCAUAAAGAUGAUGACAAGAGCAAGAAAGGUUGCUUUGCUACCUCUAACAUCUCAUGGCCACCUGAUUGGGCAUAUCAUUUUUCUUCCUGAGGCUUUACAAGCCAACAUUCACAAUUUUCUUCAAGUCCCUUCAAAUUUCAAUGGAGUUACUGGUGAAAGUUUGACUGCAGCCAUUAUUCUGUGGACACUUCAACACCGUACCCCUUAUCUCAGCCCUUUCAAAAAAUUCCCCCAAAGGCUGAUCACUGACGUCCCCAAAAUCAAACACCAAGAAAAUUUUCUUCAAGCCAGAAAAAAACUUAUUCUUGCCAUCCAAAUGCUGGGGUUCCCUCAUAAACUCUAUGAGUUCUUUCAUGAUACAGUGAAAGAUAGAACCUUUUCUAUCUGGUGGAAGACUCUCAAUGACAGUGAAGCUAGUGCUCUGGAGACUUCAAGGCUCCAGGACAUCCUGGAGACCACAUAUGCAAGGCAUGUUGGGUAUGAAAAAAAUGCCCGAGUCAUAUUUGUGCAUGUUUCAAGCCUUGAAACUAUUCACAUGAUUCCCAAGCUUGUCAACAGAAGGCAGGGAUAUCCACGCAGGGUACAGUUCUAUACCUAUGGAACUUCUGAAGCCAUACCAAAAGUUCUCUGGGGAAUUCGAGAAAUUUAUCCAUGUGGAGGAGUUGUUACAUUUACUCCCUGUGCUUUCCUCAAAAAUCCACUUCAAGUGAUGGACACCUUGAGAAAAAUUCACAAGCACCCAUUGUGGAUUUCUUAUAUUCUUCCGCAGGCUCUUGGCAUGCUAGCAAAAUUGUCUUGUAUGGUUGGAGAUGGAGAUCCCCUAAUUUUGAAAAAAUAUGAUGAUCUACAUUUCCCUUACACCUGGGUUUUGAAGGCCAUUGAGGAGGGAGUGGUUGCUCUCUUGACCAGCCCCCAAAAGGUCAAUGAUGGCUGGAUCCAGGAUUUUUUCAAGCUACAACCACCCUCAGCUCGAGAUGCCCUUGAAAUUGCUAUUGGGGGUCUUGAAGCAAAAUUCAAAAAUGCACCAGUAUUCCAGUGGAAUGGGCUUAUUGAGAAAGCAAUUGAGUCCGACCUCAAGGAAAUGCAAAAAGAAUUGGGUAUAAUGAUGGAGUACAGGAGGUAUGUUAUCAUCACUAGUGAUGAAGAUCAUAAGCUGCGUCAAUCUGAGAUUGGGGUGGAAUGGGUCAACAUUUCAAAGUUCAAGUUCGAGGACGACUUUUACUUGAAAUAA